CUAAUAUACGUAUAAUGACAGGCACUCGGGUGACCCAAUAGCGACUCUUCCCUUUGGAGUCCGAUUGGCCAAUUUAGAGAGGGGACGAGCCCCGAAGGGAGGAUCCUGGAAAGAAAUUUGGUUGUAGAGACACCGGUUACAUAGCUCUGAUUACGGGGUGCCCUUGGGCUCAGUCUCCAGAACUCUGAUGGAAAUAGCGACGAGAGCGCAGGAGAGGAGCCGCUUUGCAGUCCUUCCUCUACUUUGCCUGCACUGACAAUGGGAGACAUUGAGAAGGGCAGGAAGAUCUUUGCUGUGAAGUGUGGGACCUGCCACACAGUUGAGAAGGAAGGCAAGCACAAGACUGGCCCCAAUCUGCAUGGUCUGUUUGGCCGAAAGACUGGUCAAGCUGAAGGUUUCGCUUACACGGAAGCCAACAAAAGCAAAGGUAUAAUCUGGGGAGAAGAUACACUGAUGGAGUACUUAGAAAACCCCAAGAAGUAUAUCCCAGGAACUAAGAUGAUCUUUGCAGGCCUUAAGAAGAGGGAUGAGAGGGUACAUAUAAUAGCAUACCUUAAGAAAGCCACUGCUGAGUAAUGGCUUCUGCCGCCUUAUUUAUUUCACCAAACAAAUGGAAAUAACUCUCUGAUGAGAUUGUUUUUAAACUUUCUAUUUUUACAUGCAUUGUAUCUAAUACCUUCAAAAAUCUUUCUCGUCAGCCAGAGAAUGUUGAUCAUGGAUGGUUGUUAACAUAUGUACUUGUUCUUGUGUUAUAAUUUAUAGAAUUGUGUAAUCAGGCUAGAAUAAGUACACUCAGGAUGACUAUAGUGUUCCCUGAUCAUGUAAUUAAAAAAACCCCUCUCAAUGUG